AUGCUCACAACAACGAAAGCCGGCUUGGAUGACAAAAUGACAGAUACUGGCAACUUGGAUGGGAUAUUACCAGAAUGGGAGAAAAACUUCAAGGAUAUAAAAGUACCUGCUUGUUUUAACAAGAUGCCCCAAGAAACUGGGAAGACUUUCCCUCACUCCAAACAAGUUGGGAAUUACCUAGUAGGCAAAAUGAUCAACAAGGGCUCCUUUGCCAAGGUGAUGGAGGGGCUGCACAUCCCCACGGGGGAGAAGGUAGCCAUAAAAGUCAUUGACAAGAGAAAAGCCAAGCAGGAUUCCUACGUUUUAAAAAAUAUGAAGCGUGAGCCACGGAUACAUCAGAUGAUUAAGCACCCCAACGUUGUCCAGCUAUAUGAGACCUUGGAGACUGACAACUCCUAUUACAUGGUGAUGGAGCUGUGCCUCGGUGGGGACCUCCUGGACAGAAUUUGUGAAAAAAAGAGGCUGGCGGAAAGGGAAGUAAAGAGAUACACCAGGCAAAUUCUGUCUGCAGUAGAGCACCUGCAUUGCCAGGGGAUUGUUCACAGGGAUCUGAAAAUUGAAAAUUUUCUUCUUGAUGGGAACGACAACAUCAAAAUCGUUGAUUUUGGACUGAGCAAUACUGCAAAGUUUGAGAGUCUCUCCCAGGAGCUGUUACACACCCAGUGCGGAAGCCCAGCUUACGCUGCCCCAGAACUCCUUGCUCAUAGGAAAUACGGUCCAAAGGUGGAUGUCUGGUCCAUAGGUGUAAGCACGUUUGCUAUGCUAACCGGCACAUUACCCUUCACAGUGGAACCUUUAAAUAUCAAGCAACUACAUCAAAAGAUGUUAAUUGGAGAAAUCAACCCUAUUCCAUCAGAUAUCUCGCCUGGAGCUGUACACUUCGUGCUGUCCCUACUUGAGCCUGACCCUGCUAAGAGGCCUGGAGUCAAAGAAGCAAUAAAAGACAAAUGGUUGAACAAAGGCUUCACCAGGAAAAUACUGAAUGCUGCUGCCUGUGAGAACAGACUUUGCCCCAGUGAAUUGAAUCCUGUUGUUUUAAACUACAUGACAGAAAUGAUGGAGUUCAGUCUUUCAGAUGUUAUCGACAUUUUAAUAAAUAACAGACCCUCUUCUGCCAUGGCUUCUUAUUGCUUAUUGCUGAAGAAACUGCUCAGGUACCAGAAAGACCACAAAAAAGCCCAG